CCGCGAAGGAGGAGAGAUGCUGCGUGCGCUGUCGGCGUGAUUCGCGUGUCUCUCCCUCGCGGGCGCGUCGUCAGAGUCGAGGGGACGAAGAAGUGUCGCCGGACCUCAAAGAGUCGAGCUCGUGAAGAAGCGUAGCAGACCUCGAGGAGUGGAGGUGUGAACAGGUGUCGCCAGACCUCAAAGAGUCGACGGGGUGAAGAAGUGUCACCAGACAUCAGAGAGUCGAGGGGACGAAGAAGUGUCGCCAGAAUUCAAAGAGUCGAGCUCGUGAAGAAGUGUCGCCAGACUUCAAAGAGUCGACGGGGUGAAGAAGUGUCACCAGACAUCAGAGAGUCGAGGGGACGAAGAAGUGUCGCCAGAAUUCAAAGAGUCGAGCUCGUGAAGAAGUGUCGCCAGACUUCAAAGAGUCGAGGGGACAAAGAAGUGUCGCCAGACUUCAAAGAGUCGAGGGGACAAAGAAGUGUCGCCGGACCUCAAAGAGUCGAGGUGGUGAAGAAGCGUCGCCGGACCUCAUAGAGUCGAGCUGGUGAAGAAUUGACGCCUGACCUCAAAGAGUCUAGGGGGCAAAGAAGCGUCGCCGGACCUCAUAGAGUCGAGGUGGUGAAGAAGUGUCGCCAGACUUCAAAGAGUCGAGGGGACGAAGAAGCGUCGCCGGACCUCAUAGAGUCGAGGUGGUGAAGAAGUGUCGCCAGACUUCAAAGAGUCGAGGGGACAAAGAAGUGUCGCCGGACCUCAUAGAGUCGAGGAGGUGAAGAAGCUUCGCCGGACCUCAUAGAGUCGAGGAGGUGAAGAUGGCGGACGCGCGGCCCGCCGAGGAGCCGCAGAUCGCGAGGCCCGCGCACCGGGGCUGCCGCGGCGGGGUCAAGUACUCCGAGGUCGCGCAAGCCGACGAGGAAGACUGCUCCGGCGUGCUCGCCGAUCACGGCGGCGACGUCGGCGGCGACUGCGCGCGGCGGCCGGACGAGCCCCCACAGCCGGGGGAGGAGGAAGACGACGACCCCGUGUCCCGCGCCGUCGGCGAGUUCGGCCGCUGGCAGCUGCGCCUCACCUUCCUGCUGUCGCUGUUCAACGUGCCGUGCACCUUCCACAUCUUCGCGCUCACCUUCCAGUCGCUGUCGGGCGACUUCUGGUGCGCGCGGCCCGCGGCGCUGCGCCACCUGGCGGUCGCCGCCUGGCGCAACCUCAGCGAGCCGGCGCAGCUGGACGGACAGGCCGGCUGCCGGCUGUGGGACCUGGACUACAGCGCGGCGGGUCUCGGCAACUUCAGCGCUGCCAACCGCACGCGAGCCUGCACGUCCUGGGAGUACGACCACUCCAGUGUCGGCAGCACAAUCAUCAGCGAGUGGGACCUGGUGUGCGACAGGCAGGCGCUGCCCAGCGUGGCGGAGAUGAUGUUCCUGACGGGCGUGGCGUUGGGAGGUCUCAUCUCGGGCAUGAUCUCCGACAGGUUCGGCCGCAAGACCACCCUGAUGGGGUCCCUCGUGCUGCAGAUAUCCAUCGCCGUCUCCAUGACCUUCUGCCCCUGGCUGGAGCUGUACAUGGCGCUGCGCUUCUGUCUGGGCUUCAUCUCCGUGGGCAUCGUCAUGAGCGGGUUUGUCCUCUGCAUGGAGCUGGUGGGGGGGAAGUGGCGCACCAUCUCAGGGGUGUCCUACCUGUUCCCCGUGCCGCUCAGCUACAUCGCCAUCGCCUGCAUCGCCUACUUCAUCCGCGACUGGAAGCACCUGCAGCUGGCCAUCACACUGCCCUCCGUGCUGCUCUUCGCCCUCUGGUGGGUCCUGCCAGAGUCCCCGCGCUGGCUGCUGGAGAUGGGCAGGAAGGACGAGGUCAUGGCGAUCCUGCAGGAGGCGGCUAGAGUCAACCAGAGGCCGCUGCCCGCCAACACGGACAAGAUAUUCCAGCAGAUGAUGGAGGCCAAGCGGCCCGGCGAGGAGAAGGCCGGGGUGCUCGACCUGUUCCGCACGCCGCACAUGCGCAAGAUCUCGCUGGUGCUGUACGUCAUCUGGUUCGCCGUGUACCUGGUGUACUACGGCCUGGUGCUCAACCUGGCCAACAUCGGCGGCGACGUGUACGUCAACACCGUCAUAUCAGGAGCCGUGGAGAUACCCUCCAUAGCCAUCAGCAUCCUCAUCCUGCUGAAGAUGGGUCGCCGCUGGCCGCUGUGCCUCACGCUGGUCGGCGGGGGCGUGGCCUGCCUGCUGACCCUCGCUGUUCCCGCAGGUCGGCAGGACCUGGAGUGGCUCACCAUCACCUUCGCCAUGGUGGGCAAGUUCGCCGUGGCCUGCUCCAACGCCAUCAUGCCCGUCUUCACGGCCGAGCUGUUCCCGACGGUGGUGCGCAACCUGGGCGUGGGGUCCUCCAACCUGCCGGCCGGCGUGGCGCUCAUGACGGUGCCCUACCUGUGGAACCUGUCCAGCAUCAGCGCGAGGGUGCCCAUGAGCGUGCUGGGGGUGCUGGGGGUGGUGGGCGGUCUCAGCACCCUGCUGCUGCCCGAGACGGCGAACAAGCCCAUGCCGGGCACCCUGCAGGAAGGGGAGGACAUCGCGCACCCCAGGAAGAACAGCGUGCCGGUCGUGAAGAGGUCCAGCAACGGAACCUGCAACGGCUCCUUCGCGGAGUGACGGCCCUCUGCAUCCGAACAGAUAGUUUCCCCUUGCGGAUGUCUCCCAGCAUCCGACCUGCCGCGUCCACACGUCAGUCAGUCUCUUCCACCAUUGCCGGAUACUGCACUUCCGAGGCGUACCGCGCAACUGGGAACCCUAUUAGCUACUUGACCCGUCAUUCUCCAGGUUUCUGUCGCAGUCAUCUCCUCGCAGCUCGUCAACCGUCAAGGACUUUGCAGGCGAACACCAGCCGCACAACUUAAAUUGUGUUUUGGGGCGGUAUUCCAAGACGUCCGGGUAAGCACUGCCUUGCAGGGACACGACCGUAACCCAAUUCGCGGGGCCGUAUUCCAGGACGUGUACAGACCGAACCUCAGCUAAGGAAAUAAAUCCUCAACAGUUUUAAUAAACGGUGCCCUUGCGCGAAGCUAGAAACUGGUUUCAACGCAUUCUAGCGGACGUUCCGCAACCACCGAUACAAUUGUUAUGGCUAAAGCACUAGAGAUAGCACCAUCGCACAAAAAGAAAUACCACAUUUCUAACUUUCUCAAGUACUUUUCAAGUGGCAAUUAUUUCUUGUUAUGACCAUUGAAGUGUACACGAUGUAUUCCAGGAUAGUUUCGCUAUCAUAAAAGUUUCAUUUGGCACACCAGAACGCAUGGUACUCCCCCCGAAAUGGCGUCAAACGGGGUUCGCCAUCUGGACGAAAUCAACGAAAAAGAGCGCAGAAUUUGGGCAACAGUUCAGCAACGGAGAGGACAUCAGAAUAAUUUCCCAAAAAUAAGGGGCUGGUCGUGUCCUAUCGUGCUCUAGGAAUACGGUUAGGGAACAGGUGUAGCAUAAUUCUACACCUAAACCAUAAUUAUUGUCUUGGGAUACCGGCCUCGGUUCUGAUCUGGGUGUUUUUUUUUUUAAUAUUUGUUAUUAUGUAUCGAUUUUCGUGGUCUUUUUCUUUUAGUAAACAUUUUUUUUUGUAGAGACUGAAGGUUCCUGUAGAAAUUUAUGUUCUUUGUACCGAAUGCGAAUUUCAAAGUGAAUUUCUCCUUUUAUAUUAAAUCAAACCCUUAUUAUAAUUUUCAGUGCUAUUUCACAGUGCAUACAUUAUUAAAAUACUUGGUUUGAUUACUUAAUAGAUUGCUAGUAAACUUAUAAGUUAAACUGAUGUUUGGUUUAAAAAUAUAUAUUUUACAAUUAGGAAAUUAUAAUUUUUUUGUACAUCUCUAAAAUGAAAUACUUCAAACAGUCGUCAAUGGUGGUGUAAAUUUUUGCCGAAGGCAACAAUGAAAAGUGAGAUGAUACCUCUUAAAAUGGUUAAACAUGUAAAUAACAUUUAAGAUUAAGAAAAUUAUUAUAGAAACAGUCUAUUGACGAAGUGUGUUUGAAACCGUACAUCUUAUGUACCUACUAACAUUUUUUAUGACAAAAGUGUACAUGGUUGUAGAUAUAUAUUGUGUAUAUAAUGUAUAAAAAGUUAGAUUCCUAGUGCAAUUUUUGUCACACAAACCAAAAAAUCAUGCCUCGAAAUUAAAUCUGAAGUAAGUUAUUUUGAGCUUUAAUUUGACUGAUUAUAAUUUAAAUGAAAAAAUAAAAUCAUUUUUCACAAAUGAAAUAAAGUUUUUGCUCAUUAUUACAUUAAUAGUUCAAUAUUACAUUAAUAGUUUAUCAAUAAAACAUAUUGUUAAUAAAAUUUCAUACUUAAUAGUUGUGCCGUAGUUAAAGUAAAUAUAUUUUCAUACCUUGUGUGUACAAUGUUACAAGUAUUUGUGCAUAAAAUGUUAUUACCAUUUUUUUAAAUGUAAUUUUAUUGUUGUUUUGUUUUGUACUUAAUGUGUUACAAGUCAUGUGCAAUAAAUGUUAUAAAUGAAA